GACUUGAUGCCUGCCAUGGUGGACCUGAAACGGCACCGGUGGUUCUGCUGUUUGGCCUUGCUGGGGACGGCGCUGCCGGCCUUCGUGGGAGGUCCUUCCCUGGCGCUUCGCAGGCAGCGCGGCAGCGUGGCGCCCUUGCGCGCCGGCGCCACGGUGGACUUACCACCGCCGCCCACAGAGGUGGGCGAAGGAGGUGGAGGCGAAGAGUAUGAGAUACGCUUCGUGGACAAUCAGGAAAGGGAGCAAAUUGCGCAGCAAUGGCUGACUUUGGCUUCAGAAGAGGAAAGAAAGAUCCUGGAGCAGAAGGUGCUACCCUUCCGUUCCACUGCCUACUUCACUGGCAAGAGCAGGCUUUGCUUGGGUGCCUUCAUUGGGCCGAACUGCCAGGGCUUGGGGCUCACCGAGGUUAGGAUGGACAUCCAGGACCUGGCCUCCUUCUUCAUGGACAAACGGGUGCUGCGUGUCAUGACCUUGAUCACCAAACCGAAGGUGCAAAGUGAAGCGGCGACGCUCAUCCUCCAGGCGAGCAAGCAGCUGGCCGAGGAGACAGGCUACCGAGCUGACUUCGAGCCCUUGCAGGAACAGAGCAGUGGUCGCUACUGGGUCCUGGCACGAUCGCUCUUUGAACUUUGAGCCGAGAAUGGCGCCCACUGUUCGCCGCGUAGGGACCCCCACAGCUAAAAGUUGCUUGGUAAGUUUGUAAUUGAC